AUGUCUUUCUCAUGAAACCGUCUGCUUCAUGCUCACCGUCAGUUGUCCCUGAAACACUUCCCUGUCUCAGUCUCCUAAUUUACAAGCAUUUUAUGCACUUGGACUGACGUCAAUGGUGGUAUCUUGGAUGUAUAUAACCAUUCAGCAUGAUGCUUGAUGGUCCAGUCUCUUUGGCCGGACUUUCGAAUUCGGUUGUCGGACGAAACACUUCUUAACCAGCGAAAAGGAAACUUUGACAAACAGGAGACGAGUCGACUGCCCUCACCCAGUGCGUUCAUUAUGAAGCCAACUCCUUUGGUCCUGUUAAUAGCUACAGUUCUGUUGUCCAGCCACAUUCACCCUAAUGUAUGUCGACCCCUGAGCGCUUUUGACGGCCAUGGGUACAAGAGUCAGCUGGACGAGGUGUUGUUAAAAGCAGGUGACUCUGCGGUGUCGUAUCUAAUCGGAGAGAAGAUUUUGCAGUACUUGCAGAAAAACCCUGGUCUUCAAAGAGGUCUUUCGCGUGUUCACGUUGACAGCUUCACGGCUCCUCUCGCCACGGAUGCACUUGCUCACUUGACGCGCAGUUUGACGCCGAGGGUAGAAGUCCACUCGUCGGAGGAGGGAAACAGUCUGGAGGAUCUCGUGGAGUUGUCCAAGAGAAACGACGAUCCUCCAAUCUCAAUUGAUCUCACUUUCCACUUGCUGAGAAACAUGAUUGAAAUGGCACGGAUCGAGAACCAGAGGGAACAAGCAGAGCUAAAUCGCAAGUAUCUAGAUGAAGUUGGGAAGUGAUGACACCUGAUGAACUGACACCGUGAUGAAGAUGAGAUUGUCCGAAUAAAUGCAGUAUAGAAAAACACGUUAUAUCAGCAUUUUACGUUAUUUUUGCUAUCUUGUCAAAAUUCCUUUUCCAACAUAAGAAGUAACGUCGCUCACCCUCUGACGCACCGGCGCUGGAUCAAAAUGCGUUCCAUCUUCAAAGACGACCACACUCUUCCCCAUCAAUUCUUCUGGAUACAGACAGGACUAUAAUUUACAAAGAAAUGAAAGAACUCUGAACAAAAGCGUAUAUCGAAAAUAUGGUCCUUAGAUUAAGCUCACAUUGUGUGUGGUGUAGCCUACGGUAUUGGCGAUAUUAGCGUUUUGAAUAUUGAUGAGAAAUGAUGCACCAAGUCAUCAAUGUAAUGUCUUAAAUCUCAUGCAGUUAACUCAUUUGCCUGUGCGCAUCAUGAUCAAAUUUUUGUCCAAAUUUGCUAUUGUCAUUUCUUGCUGCAUUUACCCUCCUAUAGACUGAUAUGAUCUUCAAAUUUGCGCAAAAAUGAGCCCCAAUCAGAUUUGUGAUUUAGUGAAAAUGGGGAUUUGUGUAGUGCAGUGAAUUGAAGUUCAACAGGUGGCCAUGUCCAACCCAGUCAGUCACUGAUUCCGGGAAGGAACCAUUCCAGUCACCAGCAACAGUCAUCAAUAACUUUGUGACGAACUGUAGUCAAAAGAUGAUUAUCACAAUAAUUCAAUAAACUGAUUACAACUGUUCCGUUUUAAAGGGGGAUGCGGAUUUAUGGUCAGACCUAAUCGACCUGUUCUGUCCCAGAUUUGUUUCCAUUUCUGGAGUGCGUGUCACACUCGGAGCACAAGCGCUUAGCCUGCUAUUGGUUUGUUUUUGGGAGGGGGUCACUCAUUCUGAUCUUACAGUCAUUGCCAUUCCACAACCCCAUCUGCACCUGAAACCUUUUUUUUUUUAUCUUCCCGAAUCAUUGUAAUGUCUACCUUCAGUAUAAACUUAACUGGAAUACACAAAUAGCUAUUAAAACGAGAAGCUGUGACCAAAAUGUGUCAACAUUCCUUGGAAUACUGCUUUUAGAAACCAAUGUAAAUUGUCCAGGAUUGCUGUACAAACGUAUAUAGUGUAUAUUGCUGACUAUGCUGUAAACAACCAUGUCUGAAAAAACAAAACAACAAUGCUGAAUACGACUUUGUAAUUUUAUUAUGAAAAUGUUAUAAAAAUAAAUAAGACUAUUUAUUACUAGAUGCACAAGUGAUCCGUCUGAUGGUCAAGUUUCAAGAAUAUGGUAUGCUGUUUAAUCAUUUAGGCCUUGAUCAAGAU